AUGGAAAGUGCUGAUGAGGCUAUUCCGUCAGUAAAAGUUUCUGCGAAGAUCAGUGAGAUAUCCAACACUGAUCUGGUCAACUGUACAUCAUCCAGUAUACGAAAAGGCAUCUGGGAUAUUUUCAAAAAUAUGUUUGGUCAGUCCUCAUUUUCGGGCCUUUCCCAACUCGCUAAGUCACCGACCAAUAGUCGUCGUUGCGCCUGGGUCGUUGUAUUUUUCAUCUGUAUUGGACUUUGCACCUAUCACAGCAUUCGGUUUGUAACGUCAUAUAUGGAGUAUCCUGUAGUGGUUAGCCUGGACGUUGAAAACAACAAGAAGUUAGAGUUCCCUGCCAUUACCGUCUGCAACUUAAACGGGAACUUCACAAUUUCCAAUUCGUUCCUGUAUGGAAACUGUUAUACAUUUAAUGCAGCCUGGUCCAGCACAUCAACACCAAAAACUACAACAUCUGUCGGGGCUAUAAGUGGUUUAACAGUCGAGCUAAACCUACAACGAAAUGAUUAUCUUGAAAAGAUAACACCUAAGCUUGGUGCUCGUGUAGUCAUCCAUUCACCGUUUGCCGCCCCUCAACCGGAGAAUGAGGGUAUAGAUAUCAGCCCUGGGUUGGUGACAUCAGUAACAAUUUCCAAAGUUACAACUGAACGUUUACCUGCGCCAUACAAAGACAAGUGUCGCAACUAUGAAGAACAGUCGGUACUAUAG